AUUCCUCCCAUCAACCAAUUCAUUGCCCCCACUCAUUCCUUCCUUUCCUUUGCUGACAAUCAUAGGCACCUCUCCUUUUUUCAAUUCUCUCCCCUCUAUAUAUCCAUCUCUAUCUCCUUCCUUCUCCUUCCAACCAUAUUAUAUAUUAUUGUUAUUAUUAUACAUCAAGCUCAUCAACCAAACAAUUAGCUCAUGGACAUGGCUCAUCAAAAUGAUCUUAUCUGUGACACUGGCCUUGUUCUUGGCUUAGGCUAUGGAAGGAGAUCAACUACUAGUUAUACCACUACUACAACUGCUACUGCAACUACUGCUACUACUACCACUACUACUACUACAAGGUCAUCAUCUCACAGGAUGUCACCGGCGCCGGCAACGAAACUCACUUUGAGCCUUUCAGAUGAUGCUUUGGGUCUGAAGAUGGAUGCUAAUAAUGAUGGUAAAACAACUAGAGUUUCCUCACCUCAUAGCACCCUCUCCUCCUUCUCCACUGCCUACCAUCCAAGUGUGAAGAAGGAGAAGGACAUGGUCAGCGAGGAAGCUGAGGUUGAGAGAGUGCUCUCUUCCAGAGCCAGUGAUGAAGAGGAUGGCGGUGGUGCCAGAAAGAAACUCAGGCUCACAAAGGAACAGUCUGCUCUCUUGGAAGAAAGGUUCAAAGAACACAGCACCCUCAAUCCGAAACAAAAGCAAGCUUUGGCAAAGCAAUUGAAUCUUCGGCCUAGACAAGUUGAGGUCUGGUUCCAGAACAGAAGAGCCAGGACAAAGCUAAAACAAACAGAGGUGGACUUUGAGCUUCUGAAAAGGUGCUGUGAAACUCUCACAGAAGAGAACAGAAGGUUGCAGAAGGAGUUGCAGGAGCUGAAAGCUCUCAAGUUUGCAACCCCACUCUACAUGCAACUCCCUGCAGCCACCCUCACCAUGUGUCCCUCUUGUGAGAGGAUUGCCGGAGCCAGUGAAGCCACCAAGGGACUCGCCGGAGCCGGCACCGGCGCUGGUGUUGGUUCUAGUCCCUUUGUUAUAGCUCCUAAGCCUCACUUCUUCAAUCCCUUCACUCAUCCAGCAGCUUGUUAGCCAAAGGAGCAAUAUUCCAGUUAUCCAGAUCAAAUAACACACCCACACCCAGCAGUCUGGUGUUUUUUUUCUUCACUUGGGGCUUGGGAGUUGAUAAUUAGUCAUGAUAAUUAUUAAUUAUUAAGAAGAUUAGCUAGCUAGUUGGUUAGUCUCGCUAUUAACCCCCCAUAUGAUGAUUGUUAAUCUAUACUCUUACAUGUGUGUGAUUCUAGCUA